AUGUCUGCUCCUCCGGCCGUCGAAACCUCCCGCCUCGAUGGCAAGGUCGCCCUCGUCACGGGCUCCGGCCGUGGUAUCGGUGCCGCAAUGGCCACUGAGCUCGCCCGCCGCGGUGCCAAGGUCGUUGUCAACUACGCCAACUCCGCCGACGCAGCCAACAAAGUCGUCGACUCGAUCAAGAAGAAUGGCGGCGACGCGAUCGCCCUCAAGGCCGAUGUUGGCGAUGUUGCACAGACUACCCGCCUCAUGGACCAAGCUGUCGAGCACUUCGGCCAGCUCGACAUCGUCUGCUCAAACUCUGGCGUCGUGUCUUUUGGUCACUUGAAGGAUGUCACUGAGGAGGAAUAUGACCGCGUCAUGCGCAUCAACACCCGCGGACAGUUUUUCGUUGCCCGUGAGGCAUACAAGCACUUGUCCAUUGGUGGCCGAAUCAUCCUCAUGGGCUCCAUCACCGGUCAGGCCAAAGGUGUACCGAAGCACGCUGUCUACUCUGGCUCCAAGGGUGCCAUUGAGACUUUUGUCCGCUGCAUGGCCAUCGACUGCGGCGACAAGAAGAUCACUGUCAACUGCGUUGCUCCAGGUGGUAUCAAGACGGAUAUGUACCACGCUGUGUGCCGCGAGUACAUUCCAAACGGCGAGACCCUUACUGAUGACCAGGUUGACGAGUAUGCUAAGACUUGGUCACCAAUGGCCCGUGUCGGCCAGCCAAUCGAUAUCGCCCGCGUCGUAUGCUUCCUCGCGUCCCAAGACGGUGAAUGGGUCAACGGCAAGGUCAUUGGCAUCGACGGUGCCGCCUGCAUGUAA